UGGAGAAGGUGUGGGGAGGGGGAGACGCACGGCGGCGCUCCGCAGCCCCUCAGCGGUAUGUCCAGCGCACGGUGACGCCAACGGCAAAGUCGUUCCACCUCGUCUCGCACACCCACGCCAUGGCUGAGAAGGGGAGACUCAGCCUGACCGGCUCCUCCGGGCUCAACAAGCCGGUGUCCAUGAACCUCUUCGCCACUUGGGAGAUCGACGGCUCCUCGCCCAGCUGCAUUCCCAGGCUGUGCAGUCUAACAUUAAAGAAGCUGAUUGUUAUAAAGGAAUUGGACAAGGAGCUCACCUCUGUCGUAAUUGCAGUGAAAAUGCAGGGCUCUAAACGAAUCUUGCGAUCACAUGAGAUUAUACUCCCACCCAGUGGCCUCGUGGAGACUGACCUCGCACUGACGUUCUCACUGCAGUAUCCUCAUUUUCUGAAAAGGGAAGGAAACAAGCUGCAGAUUAUGCUCCAGAGACGGAAAAGGUACAAGAACCGAACCAUUCUGGGAUACAAAACUCUGGCUGUGGGCUCUAUCAGCAUGGCAGAGGUGAUGCAACACCCGACAGAGGGAGGCCAGAUACUUACUCUGCUCAGUAACCUGAAGGAGGCAGCUGUGAAAGUGGCUGAAAUCUGGAUCUUUGCGCUGUCCAGUCAACCGAUUGACCACGAGGACAGCGCCAUGCAGCCCAUUCAGAAAAUCAAGUCAACAGACAAUUAUUCAGAAGAAGAAUAUGAAAGCUUUUCUUCCGAGCAGGAAGCCAGUGAUGAUGCUGUUCAAGGACAAGAUUUAGAUGAUGAUGAAUAUGAGGUUGGAAAACCAAAAAAACAACGGCGAAGUAUUGUGAGAACAACCUCCAUCACAAGGCAACAAAAUUUUAAGCAGAAGGUGGUUGCAUUGCUGAAGAGAUUUAAAGUUUCAGAUGAGGUGCUGGACUCGGAGCAGGACCCCACAGAUAAUGUGCAGGAAGUGGAGGAGGAUCUGGACCUGCUGUAUGACAGUUUGGACGUGGAGAACCCCAGUGACAGUGGUCCGGAUAUGGAUGACGAUGACAGUGUACUCAGCACUCCUAAACCCAAACUCAAACCUUAUUUUGAAGGCUUAUCACACUCCAGCUCUCAGACUGAAAUCGGCAGCAUCCAUAGUUUGAGGAGCCAGACCAAGGAACCUCCUAGUCCAAUUGAAGGACCUGAAAAGCUCAAGAGCUCUGCCAGCAGGUUCCAGAUUGACAGCGUUUCCGACACAUUGUCAGUGGAUCAAAUGCAGCGUCAUGAGGAGGCAGCAGCAGCAGCUGAAACGAUCAGUUCAGAUACUUUCCUGGAGAAGCUUCCGCCCAGUGGAAAAAUCACCAAGACAGAGUCCUUGAUCAUCUCUUCUACCAGAUCGGAGGGGAAGCAGACAGGCCGCCGCGGCAGAAGUACUUCACUGAAGGAACGCCAGCCCACUCGGCAGCAGAACGAGCGGGCAAACAGCCUGGACAAUGAGCGCUCGCCAGAGAAUCGGCAGAACCUGCAGAUCCCUCGGAAAACAGUGUAUGACCAGUUGAACCACAUCCUAAUAUCGGAUGAGCAGUUACCGGAAAAUAUAAUCCUGAUCAAUACUUCAGAGUGGCAGGGCCAGUACGUGUCGGAGUUACUGCAGAAACACAACCUUCCUAUUGUGUGCACGUGCUCUGCUGCUGACAUACAGGCAGCCUUCUCAACCAUCGUCUCUAGGAUACAGCGCUUCUGUAACUGUAACUCGCAGACACCAAACCCCAUUAAAGUGACAGUGGCAGGAGCGCAGAAUUAUCUCAGCACCAUUCUGCAGCUCUUUGUGGAGCAGCUCACUCUCAAGACUCCAGACUGGCUCGGCUACAUGAGGUUCCUCAUCAUCCCCCUGGGCCUUCACCCAGUAGCUAAAUACCUCAGCUCCAUCGACUACAGGUACAGCAACUUCUUUGAGGAUGCCACAUGGCGAGAUUUUUUCACCAAACCGGAUGCCCCGACUAUAGUGCAGGAAAUCCCGGAUGUUGUUGCUCGGGUCACCCAGUACAUCUCCAAUGCUAACAUUGCCCACCAGCUGCCUAUAGCGGAAGCUAUGUUAACUUACAAGCAAAAAAGCCCAGAUGAAGACUCGUGCCAGAAGUUUAUCCCUUUUAUUGGAGUUGUGAAAGUUGGGAUUGUGGAACAGUCCUCGGCCACCUCGGGCGACUCGGAUGACGCAGCAACCUCAGGAUCCAAUAUUCUGUCCUCCACCCCACCGUCAAUGUCCCCGGCAAUGAAGGAAGCCUCGCACCCACCCUCCUCACCCUCAGUCGGAAGCGGACUCUACUCAAGCCCUUUGCAGAGCCCUGGCCACAGUGGGGAGCUCAUGGGACUGCAGGUUGAUUACUGGAUCGCACAGCAACUUAUCGACAAGAAGAAGGAUCCAGAGAAAAAGGACACCACAGCCAAGAACACACUGAAGUGUACCUUCCGCUCACUGCAGGUCUGUCGCCUACCCGGCAGUGGGGAAGUCCCAGCCCUGCCAACCAUGUCCAUGACCGUGGUGACCAAAGAGAAGAACAAGAAAGUGAUAUUUCUGCCAAAGAAAACAAAGGACAAGGAGGUGGAAUCGAAAAGCCAGGUGAUUGAAGGCAUCAACCGGCUGAUCUGCACUGCCAAACAGCAACAAACCAUGCUGAGAGUGAUGAUCGAUGGAGUGGAAUGGAACGAUGUAAAGUUCUUCCAGCUGGCAGCUCAGUGGUCCUCUCAUGUGAAGUACUUCCCAAUAGGCAUCUUUGGCCACUUAAAAUCCGCCUACUAACCUCGCCAGCCAAGUGCCAAGAAUGACUUGGAACUGGUCAGAGAACCAGCACCACACCAGUCAGUGCCAAGAGCCUGGCAGCCUCGGGCGCCUGCUUCUUAUCCCGAGUCUCAGCGCUUUGCUUCAAUUUAAACCACAAGGAGGGGGUGGGAGAGAACAAAUCUCCAAUGAGGGUGUUAACAUCUGUUUACAACCACGCAGACAAGCCUAUCCUUUGCUUACAGUAGUUCCGGCAAGAAGCGUGACUGCAGUUUAAAGGAAUCUGUGCAUAUGAGACAUGGUCAUUCCUUUCCCUGCCUCCUCCCUCUCCCAAGUGCUCCGUUAACUUGUUGACGUAUGAUCCCUCUACAGAGGGGGUUUGCAACACAAGGUGUGGGAGUGCUUUACUUUGUGAUGACUUGUUUUUAACAAUGCUUACGGCGCUAGGUGCAGAGCUGUUAUAUUGCGCGGGGCCUUGGAAUAAUUUUGUGCUCAUUCGAAUGCUGGUCCAGGGCUUACCUGAGGAGUGUGACAAUGGGGAAGCCUGUUCGGGUUUUCUUACGUUUGUAAGCGAUAGAGUGGGUUGGUUUGUGCUGAGGUCACUAGCAGCUCCUGUUUUACUCUUGCCACUGCUGCUUAAUAAGGAUUGCCAAUUCCAAGGUUCCAGUUUUGUAGAAUAGCCGCUGUGGUGCCCAGAUAUUGUGUUGUGACUGUUGGGUUCAAAGCUGGGAACACAACACAGUUCACAAGCAGUGGGUUUGGUUCAACCUUCACAACCUCCAGCUUUUUACCUCUGCUUUGUACAAAAGCAAGGCUUAGCCACAACUCCCAGCUACAAGAUACACUCAGGCCUUGUAACACAGCGACCCAGUAGUUAAGUAUAACAAGGCUAGAGUUUAAUGUGAGUGGAACCUAAAAAUAGAUGGCAAUUUCUUUGCUUUCUUUGGUGCUGCUCUCAAUAUGAAGUAUAUAUUAGAGUUUGUUGGCUUUGGCUCUCGUUGUGUUGAUAGAUUAACCCACGCUUGAUAUGAAUUUCAAUAGAUCCCUGCAAGGCACACCGUGUCUAGGAUAGCAAACUGACUGUUUUUGACACUAAUAAUUUAUAUUGUACAGUUUUAUAUAGGCUGGUGCAGUGAUGAUGGAAGAACUGGCAUCACUCCUAAUAUAAUGUCCUCGGUGUUUCUCCCCCCCACCGAUUCACUUCUAAGGAUUGCAUCGACAAAAAGCUUUUUAAAUAAUAUCACAUUGGUCAGAGUAUCUGGGUUCGAACUGAGUGUUAGUUCAUUAUAAGUGAGCAACCAUGUUAGCGCCGCUUCUGUUAUAACAGAUGAAUUUAUAACCUCGCCUCACACAAGCUAACAAUCGCUCAAUUGUGUUUCUGCUUCUAUACCUCAACCCCUCUCUCUCUUCACUGUGCCAAACCUUAUUUGGGCAGAAACUAACUGGAGCCCAGCCCUUGAAGUUAACUCAAGCAGGUACAUGCCAAUAUGUCAGUGGUGAUAGUUAUUGCACGUGGAAAGAGAAAGAAUUAACAUUAAACGUCUUGGGCUUUAGGUUACUGGACUGUUCUGGAUUGUAAGAGAAGUGGUUUUGAACUGAGAUAACCGUGAUGCUGGAAUGCUUGCUCAUUGCCCCAUUUAUGUGUUGGACACUGCAGUCAUAGGAAGGUAUUGCUUCCUGUUGAAUGGUUCCUGAACUGGACAAAGAGCUUAUCUGACCACUCCCAAAGCUGAUCUCUUUCCUGGAUGAGCCUUUGAGAGGGCCUGAUUUCUGAUCUGGGUUGUAUGGGAAUCUUCCCCAAAGUCCAAGUGGAUAAACGGCUUUUGCUGGCCUUCCUAGCCAGUGCUCGACAGGUUCCACAAACUCAGUCUGGGUGCAUACACGUACAUGUAAUGAUUUGCAACUCCUUUGAUUCUGUUCUCAGUACUGCAUGGGAAUCCUAUUCAGUUUCACAGCUCGCUCUCCUGCCUUUACACUCCACGUCUGACUGGGAAUACCAAUCAGGAGGGCAGGAGGCUUGCAGCAGGAAGCCAAGAGGUCCUGAGAGGAUUGAAAGGUUUUGAAGCCUUGAAUAAAGCAAGUACCUGCUGCAGCCACCAUACUCCUUUGUGGUGAGAAAGUGUAGAAGGUCCCAUGCACACACUGACACACACUCAUAGUUUUAGAACACAGAUUUAUUCAACAAUGGAACCAACAGCAGGUCUCGUUAUACACCAGGAUACAGAUCUGCAGGAGUGGGAACAGACCUAAUCUUCAUUAAUAAAGAGAGUGACGGAUUUCUGAUUUCCAUACUGCUGCACUGUCCUAUUGAUUAGUUCCACUGUUUUUCUUACUUCUCGAUAUUAUAUAAUACUGUAUUGUGACAGAGCGUAAAAUUAUUCAUAAUGCAGCGACUGAAUUAACCCACUGUGUACCAGCUUGGGAUCUGUGGAGCAGUCUGUCUGCUCUCAGUGGUGCCACAUUAAUCUGUGCUGUUGGUCCAUAUUGUUGGAUAUUCAUAUACUGCUUCUGAUCCUGAGGUAGUGAUGCGCAUUUCAAAGGGAGGAAGUGCUGCCCUCAUUCAACCUACUCUCUAUUUAACACAAGUUGCUCAUGUGUGCACAACAUGAAAACACCGAUGUCUUGAAGGUAGUGAAUCACAAGGUGGGAUUGGAUUGUUCACGUUGCUGAAUGACUGAGUGUUGUCCUUUGUUACUCCUGUCUCUUUAUUUAUUUAUCUUGUAAUAAGGCUGUCCCGAAUCUUUAUAUUAAAUGUGGAGACAAACUGCUUUUACUUCCCAUCAUAUUUUUUUUAUUUUUUUGGUCAGCCGGGUGUCUUGACACAUACAGAAACCCAUCACCAUGCUUGGAAGAGUAUCCAAACCAAGCUGAGAAUUCCAUGCAUCCCAACACGUGGAAAUUUCAGAGAUAGAUGGAAUGGAAUACCUACUCUCUCCCUGGAGGGAUGCAUCCUGCUUACCUAAUUCCAGAACAUAUUAGGCUCAGGUUGGCAGGAGCCAAGGCUUGGGGACCCUAGAGUGUGCGUUGAUUUAACUGCUCAAGUCUGACCAGCAAAAAACGCAUAGCUUGCCAUUAAUAUUAAUAAUAACCUAGUGCCCUGGACAGCAAUUGACCUAGUGCCGUUCAGGCUGAGAUAUCAACAGCACAGCCUGGGGAUGGGCCUUGUGUCUCCUUGGUCUGUGUGGUUGUUUCACAUUGUGAGACCCUUUAACAAUGGAGUGAUUUUGAUAUGCAUUUAAUUUGUUCAUUUCCACAACACUUACCAGGGCGAGGGGAGAGGAGACUAAGCGUUGCUGAUAUUUACAGCAAACUAUAAAAUAGUAAAUAAAUAACCUUCUUCAAGUUGACAUUUAUAACUCACCCGGCAAAUAGUAAAGUUGCCAAUCUCUGACCCCCAGUGGACGCGGCAUUUAAGCAGCAGUUUGCAGCCGGAAUUUGGCCCAUUGUGAAGCUGUGUUGUUGUUGGCUCAGGACUAGAAGCAGUAUACAAGCACUAUUGUGUAAAAUGCGUGUAAAUGAAAGGAUUUUAGAUACAGACGCACCUUGAUGUGACAAUUUGCACUGUUUUCCUGUCCCAAUUUUUUUUUUAAAAACUAUAAUGAAUUUCUCUCUAGUAACUACAUGAUAGGAUUACAGUUUUUGUGUUUCACAAAGUCCAUUUUAGCACAAGUUUUUUUUUGUACUGAUGAAAUAACUAUGAUGGAACAUAAUUGAAAUGUAAUACAUUGGAUUACUACAAUUAAAACAUGAAAUAACCUCCA